CGUUGGUUACAUAUGUACGAAGUAUGUCUGUGAAAAUAGAUUUGCAUUGGCCACGUCGCAGGUGAUGAAUCUUGUUUCUCUUUUGUUUCUUUUCUUUACCUUUGUUUUUCCCUCCUGUCUUUUUCCUAUUUAUUUCGUUUCCUCUUUGACCAAGUGUUCUGUCCUUCCGUUGAAACGACUUGGCGUCCCACGGUUCUCCUACAUAUUUCCAUCAAUCGCAUCGUGCAUAAUAAUAUGUUUUCAAUUGCCGAAACCCGACGUCGGUCUCGUUGAUUCCGAACGCCUUUUUGCCCGUUUCACUCGUGAUCAACGUGUACCAUGGGGGGGUUUUUUUUUACCUUACAACGUACCAACCAGCCGGAGUAUCUCUCCUCCAAUUAACUAAGAAUAUCCAUAUGGAACUGAACACUAAAAUCUCAUCCAUACUCCGUAUAUGUUUGCUACA